AUGAGUUUCGAUACGUUCUACAAUAUCAUUACUGGCCAGCCUCGCAGUGCUAGGGAAACCACCUCGGGCGUAAAUCCGCUGGAUCGUUCCUCUCUAUGGCCUGCCCCUGUCGCUACCGGAAAUGACGUUGAAGAAGCUGUUCGCUCUGCACAAGAAGCAUUUCCCGCGUGGUCUGAAAAGACCUACAAGCAGCGCACGGAGCUACUGGAGAAGUUCGCUGAUCUCUAUCUUGUCCAUGCUAACGAAUUUUGCCAAUUGAUCGCGACUGAGUGCGGAAGAACAGCUGGGAAUGCAGCAAUAGAAGUGUAUGUCGCUGCGCAGUGGCUGCGAUAUCCGUCAAAGUAUGAAAUUCCCGAAGAAGUUACGGAGGACGAGAAGAAAACAUCAAUUGUUACUCAUGAGCCUCUCGGAGUUGUUGCUGCCAUCUGCCCUUGGAACUUUCCCUUGAUGCUCGCUUUGGGAAAGAUUGCACCUGCUUUGGCAACGGGAAAUUGUGUCAUCCUCAAACCAUCCCCCUUCACUCCAUAUUCGAGUUUGAAGCUUGUAGAACUAGCUCAGCAAGUGUUUCCUCCGUCAGUUCUUCAGGUACUUCAUGGUCACGAUGAUUUGGGUCCCAUGCUGGUAAAGCAUCCUCGAAUCCAGAAGAUCACUUUUACGGGGUCUACUACUACUGGGAAACAGAUCCUCAGAGAUGCAGCUGAGACAAUGAAGAGAGUAACUCUCGAAACUGCUGGCAAUAAUGCCUCCAUUAUCUUGCCAGAUGUCAACAUUGAAGCUGUUAUUCCCCAAUUAGCAGGAGGUCUAUGGUUUAACGCUGGUCAAGUAUGCAUUGCCACACGCCGCAUGUAUAUCCACCAAGACAUCUUCGAUGAAGCCGUGGCUCAGCUCGCAGAAGCCUCAAAGGAUCUAGCUUCUGGCAUGGAACCGAUCCAGAAUGAGAUGCAGCUUGUUAGGCUCCAACAAGCUCUCUCGGACGCAAACGCUGCGGGCUGUGAGCUGCUGUCGCUGGGUAAGACGGAGGCUGCCGAAGGAUUCUUCAUUCAGCCCACUAUUCUCAAGAGCCCGCCCCCGGAUGCAGAUGUCGUGCAACAGGAAAACUUUGGCCCCAUCGUAUCAUGCAUCAAGUUUUCAUCCCUCGAUGAAGCCAUAUCUUUGGCCAAUAAUAGCGACACUGGGCUAGCCGCAAGUGUGUGGAGUAGUGAUGUUUCAGCGGCUAGGCGUGUAGCCGCCAAGCUCGAAGUCGGUAAUGUCUACAUCAACGGCCCGCCUCAGCCGGAUCCUUAUGUGCCGUUUGGAGGCCAUAAGCAGAGUGGAUUAGGUGUUGAGUAUGGGCUGCCAGGGUUGUUGUCGUUCUGUCAGACAAAAUCUACGUAUCUGUACAAGUGA